GAGAAGGCUAUAAAUAUCCAAAGAGCUAUGCGGACAUGAGAUUUCUGAUUCCUCUGGAAAGAAGCUUUCCGAAACCACUCGCAAGGUAAAGAAUCUCGAAGAAACUCAAACACUCCUCUAGACCAGACCUAACCGAACUGCAACGAAGAAGAGAGAAUCUCAGAGAGAAGGGAUAUAGUUUUCGUGACGUAGACGCAAGCUUUGGACCGUUUGGAGUUUAUUGGAGCCAAGGAAGUAAAUAUCUGCGAAUGUCGUCUGACAACUUUGAAAGGUUGGUUUGAGUUCGAAUCACCUUCUUCUUUCUGAACUGCAGGAAUGGUCCUUCAUGAUCAACCUUCUAAUUUACCGUCUACAUUGACGGAUUAUACCAGAAAGAGGAAAUCGCGGAGUAGACGAGAUGGGUCUAAAUCUGUGGCAGAGACCCUGGCUAAGUGGAAAGAAUACAAUGAAAAACUUCAUUCUUCAGAUGAUGGUCCCAAGCAACCGCGUAAAGCCCCAGCAAAAGGAUCAAAAAAAGGGUGUAUGAGGGGCAAAGGAGGCCCUGAUAAUUCUCAUUGUAAUUACAGAGGUGUUAGGCAGAGGACAUGGGGUAAAUGGGUUGCAGAAAUUAGGGAACCGAACAGGGGCAGUAGACUUUGGCUUGGUACUUUCCCUACUGCCCAGGAAGCUGCUCUUGCUUAUGACGAAGCUGCGAUGGCAAUGUAUGGUCUUUGUGCUCGGCUUAACUUUCCAAUUGGUGGCUCCGUGAAUGAGGACUCGAAGGAAUCUGGUUCACUGCCAACUACAUCUUGCUCCGAUUCUACAACAUCUUCCAGCCAUUCUGAGGUCUGUGGAUCUGAGGAUUUGAAGAUGAUGACAGAUUCUCCCAAUGUGAAGCACGAGGAUGGGGGGAGUGAAUCACGAAUCGAUGAUGGUAACAGGCUUGUGUCUGAUGUUAGUACACCAGAGAGCGGGGUGAAGAAGGAAGUAAAGGUGGAGCCACCGGACUUAAGUGAGAAGCAAGAACGGGUCUAUUGUAAUGGUAAACCAGAACCUGGCUACGGACCACAUGACCGGCAAGAUUGUUCUCUUUUAGAGAUGUUUGAUGUGGAUGAGCUACUUGGUUCCCUAGAUUCCAAUCACACCCUUAGGCCGCCUGCCAACAAUACCGGGAAUGUGGCGCAGCCCACCAACUAUAGCAAUAUUGAAGCAGAGAAGCCCUCGGAUUUGUCUUACCAGUUCCAGAAUCCAGAUGCUAAGUUGCUUGGGAGCCUAAACCAUAUGGAGCAGGCGGCUUCAGGAAUGGACUAUGGCUUUGAUUUCUUGAAGCCAGGCAGACAAGAGGAUGACAAUUUUGUUUUGGAUGAUUUGGGAUUUCUCGACAUGGAGUCUUUGGGUCUGUAAGGAUUGUGCUCGGCUGCAGCUUGUGCUUGGUUCUGCGACCUAAAUAUGGCGACUCGAGUGGCACACAGGACAAGUUUGUUGAGGGUCGUGCUGAAGUGUCCCUCUUUCCUAUUGUAGAGGAUGUUGGAUCAAGACUAUAGUUCUUGUAUUUUCUUGUUUUUCGGUCCUGGGCACUGGCCUUUUCUCUUUCUAUUCUAGAUACCAACAACAGAAAGCUGAGCUGAUUCUCUAUAGGUUUUAUAUUAGGGAAUUAAGCCUGUGAUACUUGUUCGUUCACCAUGUAGCUGGAUGGCUCUUUGUUAUACUGACUCUGUUCCUGGAUUAUGAAGAUUCUUUUUGCUGUAAAUAUGAGAGUGAAAGUGGUCUGAGAAUGUUAACUCAUAAAGAUGAUAAAUAAAAAGAGCUGCCCACGAGAGGCAGGAGUAAUCCCCGUUCCGUUCUUUUACUUUUGAGGCGUUUGAUAAAA